AUGUCGUUUCUGUUGCACUUCAGUAACUAUCUCAUCGGCGGGAACGUUCCCAUCGACGACGGGGUAGACAAACUCAAUCGAAAGUAUACCAUCCUCAUCCUCAUAUGCCUGUCGCUUCCACUCGUAACGAAGCAGUUCGCGGGCGACCCGAUCGAGUGCUUCACGCCCACGUAUUUCACGGAACCGCAAGCGAGAUAUGUGAACUCGUACUGUUGGACAGCCAGUACCUAUUACAUAAUCCCGGUGGACGUGGAGGACCGGGAGCAGGUGACGCGAGUGCAUUCAGUGACGUUUGACGAGGAGGGCGGCUCCACCUCCAUCAGGGGCGAGCGCAUCAAGGUCAACUACUACCAGUGGGCGCCCAUCAUCCUGCUGGUGGAGGCCGGCCUCUUCUACAUCCCCUUCGCCAUCUGGAACUCGACGGCAAAAAAUUCUGGCAUCAAGGUGGGACGUUUGCUAAAGAAGGUGUCGGUCAUCUCUCAGUACACGCCCGGCCACCCAGACCGCGACGCACUUAUCGCCGAGUUCCUGGACCAGUUUAAUACGCUGAUGGGCGUUUCAAAGUGCUGUCCAGGAACCGUCUGUAAGUUUGAUUGCAAUCUGGCUUGCGGCGGGAACCCUUCCUCUUCUUUAUUCAUUCUGUACAUGAUUGUGAAAAUCAUGUACGUGUUCAACAUCUUGAUGCAAUAUUUUUUGCUCACGGUGUUCCUGGGCAAAGGGUACUUGUUCCACGGGGUCGAGGUGGUGGAGAAGCUGAUCAACAAGAAGGAGUGGUGGACCUCGCCGCGCUUCCCCCUGCAGACGCUGUGCCAGGUGCUGGCGGCCCAGCAGGGCUCGCUCAGGACCUACACGUGCCAGUGCGUGCUGCCCAUCAACCUGUUCAACGAGAAGAUCUUCUCGUUCAUCUGGUUCUUCUUCGCGCUGCUGCUGCCGGUGACCAUCUACAGCGCCCUCAUCUGGGUGUGGCGCACCUUCACCUGCUCGCGCAUCGCCUUCGUGCACUACUACCUGUGGCGGACCCGGCGGGUGGGCAAGGAGGACCUGUACAACAACGCGCGCAAGAUGGCCAUCCAGUACCUGGGCUGGGACGGCUGCCUGGUGCUGCGGCUGAUCGAGAUGAACCACGGCGGCACCAUCCUCACCAUCCUCACAGAGAGGCUGUGGGAGUUCUACGAGGGGCUGGAGCGCGCGCAGCAGGACGGCGGCGACCCCGAGGCGUUUCUCAGCCAGCGGCCGCCCAUCUUCGCCUGCGGGCCCUUUCCCGCCCAGGGGCCCCCCACGGUCACGCCGACGCCCACCGGGGCUUACGGCUUCUACGGGAAGCACUACCUGCCGGGCACGCCUGGCGCCUACCCGGGCUACAUGUGGAACCACCAAGAUAUGGCCACGCCAGGCUACUCAGGCUACCCCAGGAUACGCGGCAAGAUCAGACCAACACCACAAGACAUCUCCAUUUACAAGUCGUACAUGACCAAAUGCUUAUAA